GCAGCAGCAUGCACAGGUCCUACCAGCCGUUAAAGCCCGUCACCAACCGCUACCUGCAGCAGCGAUGGGACCAGAACAACUACGAAAACCACCGCAGGAAGGUGAACUCUGCCCUGCCUGUAGUGGACAACAAAGGCGCGAGGACACCAGCUCACGUCCAGCUCAAACUGAAAAAACUACAGCUGCAGGAUGAGCGGCUGUCGAUCAUCGACAGAGAUAAUCGCCUCCUCGCCUCCAGACUGGCCAACAUCGUCUGCUCUAGAGGCCUGGUGGACCACCACAACCAGUACCAUCUGAGGAGUCUGAACGCCGACAGGAGGAGGGAGGAGCUGCUGCUGGUCGGCCGUCAGAAUCAGGCCAUCUACCAGAGGAUCAUGUCCCGCCAGUCGGAGUACCGCCGCCAGCUGUGGUUGGAUGACUGGCAGAGGGCGGAGCGCCGGCGGGACGACAUCUCUCGGUACCCGAGAGGGCUUACAGAAAAACAGAGGUCGCACAGGAAGGUGAAGUUUGCGGCUGUGGAGGACAGCGAGCGGUCAACGAGCUGCAGCAAGACCGACACUGACAGGAGCGACAGAGAAACCUGAAACACACACAAACAAGUGUUUCUGAUGACGGUUAAAAACACAGACAACAUCGCACCACCUUCACUUUGAACCACAGACUUGAUCGACUGAUGAAACAUCUGUUUGUGUUUCUGUUUGCAGGCUCUUCCCUAUUAUAUAACACCAAACAGGACUUCUUCUUCUUCUUCUUCUAAAAUGUCUUCUAAAUGUCCAGGGCUGAGCUCAGCUGUCCUCUAACCUGUCCUCAGGAACCAUCUUAGGACAAACUUUAAGAAUGACAAAGCUGUCUUUUAUUCAUGCAGCUCUUUUGUUUUCUGUUGUGUUAUGAAGGUUACAGCUUUGUUCUGUGACCACGUUGUCUUUAACAAGAAAAAACCUGUUUAUUUGUUUGUGGGUUUUAGAUUGUUGUGGUGCUUUGUGGUUUAUAUGAGCUCUGCUAUUUAUCUGUCACCAGACUUUGAAUAAA